AUGAAUAAUUUCAUUCACGUAAUAAAUGGAUUUUAUAAACCCAAAAUAUACUAUACCGAUACCGAUAGUUUAUACAUUUCGUCUAGCAAUUGGGAUAAAUUGAAUGAAGCUGGAUUAGUAUCUGAAAAUGAAUAUUGUAAAGGUAAAAACGAUUACGGCGAUGGUGGAAUCAUAUUUGGUUUAUAUUUAGCGCCAAAAGUUAAAUACAAUAUCAUUCUAACUUCUGAUGGUGUUUUAAAAGAAAAGAAAACAUUUAAAGGUUAUAAGAAAACAUUUAAAGGUUAUUCUAACGAUAAGAUCAGUGUAGACGAUUACAUUCAGUUGGCCAGCGGACAUGAUGCGUCGAAUGAAUUUAAGAAACCAUGGGAAAAAAGUUUCACCAAUGGAGUCGUUAUUCCAAAGGAUAAAUAA